GGCGCUUUAAACGAUGCUUCGAUUGCUGACCUUGCGGUUUCUACCCAAGCGAGGUGUUCUUAGUUUAAGGAGUUAUAGUCCUGAUGGAAGAUAUAAAAGUGAACACGGACCAUCGUACUACCUUAUCCCAGAAAUACCUAGUGAAUCUUACGUGUCAAAAAUCAUUCUGGAACCGCUGAACAUCUCGAAUUUAGAUGACCUGAAACCCGAUAAGGUUUUCGGUGGCGUUUCCAGACUUAUAAUGAACUAUCAGGUGUCAAUAUCGAAGUUGUCAGAUAAUAUCCAGAAAGGAGAGCUUUCAAAAAAUGACACUACUAUCAUAUCUUCGCUUGAACAAGCAUCUUUUCCAGUGGAACAAGCGUUUCGUAAUCUAAGUUGCUUAACAACCCUGAAGAAUGAUCACAUUUGGAGUUUAGUAGUAUCACGUCUGUAUCAAAAAUUCAAGGCGGCUAGGCGUGAAUAUUUUCAUCGCGAUUCAACCAUAUGCGAAGCUCUUUUAACACUCAGGCGAUCUUCCUCAAAGUUGGAUGAGUAUGAGAAAGGUAACUACGGGUGGCUUGAAGAUGUUUACUGGUUAAAAUAGGCGUUUAGACCACUUAAUAUGAUUCUCAUCAUGCAAUCUCUCAAAUCCUACUACAAGCAUUACAUGUGGCGUACAUUCCGUAGCCGUCAAAAGAAGCUAAACAAGGUUCCGCUUUUUUUCGAUCGAUAUACAUUUGUGUCAAACCCUUUGUGCAUAUGUGUCUGGGACUAGGUUCUUAAACCCUCAGCACUCAUAUUAUAUUGAAUCUAGUACAUUAUAUGUAAAAUUGCUUAUUGAACGUAUGGAUAUAUGAUUGUUGGUCAGUGGGUACUGGGCUAUUGCUUGCCAGUAACAAGUCUGGAAAAAUCAUUUCAUUUUCUGAAUUGAAUGAUAUUAUUCAAGAAACUAGCAAAACUACAGCCUCUCCACAUAUUACUCCACCAAACGCCCGCAAAUCUUUGGAAGUGAUACAUGAUAGUUAUGCUACUGUAGAGAAAGAAGAAGCUAAAUUUCAAGCAAUGGUUGCAUCUUGUGCUGUAGUCUCAUUGCCUAAGUAUUAUAGGUCAAAAUACACUGGUCGUGUAACAAUACCGUCAUCUUUAGAAAUCCUCACAGGUGCCACGGAUGUCAGUGUCGCUGAGUCAGACCUGGCUCCAUCAGCUCCUUACUGGCUACCAGCAGUCUUAGGUGGUAAAGAAGAUGGAGGACAUAUAGCUGGGAUGCAUCUCAGCUUAAUUUCAAACGAUGUAGUCAGUGAAUUCCUAAAACACUGUAGUACUAGCGAAGUACGUAAAACCGUAUGGGAAUACUGGGUACGACGUGCAAGUGGUCGUUAUUUUGGCCCAACUACCGGUUUAUGUGCGUCUAAUGAUCAGCGUAUACAGGAUAUUCGUCAUUUACGAAGAACUCUGGCAAAAUAUCUUGGUUGUAAAGACUGGUUGUCCGUUGUUUGGAGUUCUCCUUAUUCACACUCGCCUUCGUCUCCUGAUGAACUUAUCGCUAAUGUCCUAGAACCUUCCAGAUCUAUUUUAACACAAGUUGGAGAACGUGACUUUAAGCUACUAAAAGAAUGGGCUAAUGUAAAUCUAGAUAUAUCUGGCAAAACUUUGGAACCUUGGGACGUUGGAUAUGCUUUGGAACAGUAUAAUUACGCUUUUAAUUAUGCACGUUUAGAGCAUAUAAUCACUCCACCAGAUGGUUCACUAGUAAAUUAUCUUCACACAGUAUUUUGUGAGUUAGCAAAUGUAUUUCACUUUAAGUUAUCAUCUCAAAUACCAAGAUCAUCUGUAGAAGAAAAUAAAUGUUAUGUUGUUGAAAAAUUGGUUUAUCAUGUGGAAGACUUAACAAGUGGUACACCACUUGGUGAAAUAAUUAUUGAUCCUUUCGCUAGAAGCAAUCGUUCAGUUCCUGUUGGUGGUAAUAUAUUUGUUCCUGUCUUUGCACGAAAUAAUUUACCAAAGAUUGACAUUCAUGUACAUUCUGAAUCUUCUCAUUAUCCUAUAGCUUACAUUCUAGGUAGUUUAAAUCAAUCUACUGAAACAAAUGGAAUUUCUUUCAAUGUUUUAUUAUCAUUUAUGUCUAUGUUUGGAGCAUGUCUUCAAUAUGUAUCAUGUCGUGUACCGCAUCAUGAAUUAUAUGGAUUCCCUCAUUAUAUAGCAUUGGAUACACGUUAUGUUAUGCCAGAUUUAUGUUAUAAUAUAGGAUAUAAUUAUGCUAUACCGUCAUUAAAAAAAUAUUUACCAAAUAAACAAAAAUCCUAUUUUCAACCAUCUGCUAUCGGAUUAAAAACACCUUCUAGGUCUAUUAAAUCAUUGUAUUUACUACAAGAAUUAUAUCAAUCUCGAUUUGAUUUAGCCAUGUGGUCAAAGAAAUAUUCAGAAACUAAAUGGUCAACAAUACAAAAGAAUCUAUGGAAAUUACAUAUGCCUUAUCCAUUGCAUCCAGAGGAUACAUUGCCAUGUUCUUACACAAAUAUAUUUGGACCAAAUUCUGAAUCUGGUUUAAUGUAUCAUCAAAUAUGGCGUAAAGUUCUACUCGAAGAUAUCCUACUUUCAUUAGAUGAAGCUGGUUGGUUAUCAUCAGAUAAAACAGAUUCAGAAAAGGUAUCAGAAGUCUUUAAACGCUUUCGAGAUACAUACUUGACUUAUGGAAGUGCAAUUCCACCAGCUGAAUUAUUUCGUCGUUUUCGUGGAAGAGAUCUUAAUCCUCAAUUAUUUUUAAAGAAGAUAGAAACUUCAAUAGAAUCUCCAGAGAUGCCUAUAAUAUCAGAAGAUAUUGCACCUGUAUUAGCUCGUUGAUAGUUUUCAUAAAUUUCAAUCUAUUAUACAACUGAUAAUCAUGUACACAGUUACUUAAGAAUUAUUUAUUUAUAUUUAACAACAACACCCCCACCCCCCACUAACAACAAAUACUUUGUGCUUAACACUUGUACAUUAUAAUACAUUUUUCUUAUAUAACUGUAACGUGAUGUUUUGUGUAGAUUAUAGAAAACUUCGUAAAAUACUUUAUAGUUUUCCAUAGGAAAUUUGUACACUUUUGUUUACAAAAUUCUUUGGAUUCAAUCAAACUUUAUGUUUUAAAUAGGUAGAUAUCAUUUUGUCAUUAUGGAAUUGCAAUCAGAGGUCUCUUAGGUAUUUCAUAUUUCUUUUUUAUGAACUGCAUUAAACUCUUAGCAGAUAUUGUUAGUAGUGUUUAACAAUGAUUUAGCCCAUAUGUGAUUUUCAACUUGAGUAUCAAGAUACUCAUCAUAAAUGCAAUUUGUACUUCUUGAAAUUGUACUGUUGAAUUCAAUGUUACAUGUCUUAAUAAUAUCUAUUACUUCGCUA